CCAUGGAUUUCAUGAGUGAUUUGAUCAAGAAGUGUGAAGCUUUACCGACUGUUGAAACAACUGGUACGGGUGGAUCGACCAACUGUGAGAGUGAUGUUCCAGUUCGAAAUGUGAAGGGGUUUAAGUCUAAGAAGGAUUCAUUUAAGCCUUCGAAACGACCUAUUACAGAAGCUGAGAUUGGAAGGGCGGCUAGUAAGAAGACGAAAAAGACUAGCAGAUUGGAAGAGGAGAAAUUGAAGGUUGUGGAAGAAAGUUUGAAG